AUGCAUUUUUUCCUGAGCGCUCUAGUGGGGAAAAAAGAGCAUUUUUCUGAUGAACUGAGUGUUAUGCCUUUUUCAGAGUCCUUCGUAAACGGGAUGGAGGGUGUAUAUUUUGCAUCAGCCUACGCUAGGCUAGCAAAAGAAACUAUUGUCUAUUUUAUACGGCUUCGUUUUUUUAGUGUUUAUACGCUUGUGAAGGAACUGCUCUUUUUUUUUAGGGCUUCCCGUUCCAGCCGUAUCAGCGGGCCUUCCUUCUCGCACUCGUAAGACACCUGUAAAGAAGCCUAAGACAGAUACCACCAUCGCAGAUAGUGAAAUCUCAAAUGAGAGUAGUGAUGAUAACGAUGAAGAUUGGGUUCCAGGAUCAGAAGAAGUUAGAAGACGAAACAAAAUGAUCAAAAGAUUCAUUCCAGGUAGAAGAGAUUUUUAAUGCAUGAUCGUCCAAGCAGCACAGAAGGAAAAGAUCAGUGUUAUUUAAUGGAAAAGUUAUAACAAAAAAAAUAUAAUAUCUGCUGAAAAAUAGGUUAUACAUCAUAAACGAAGAUUAUGAAACGUGAAACCAUCUUUUAAAAGAUAUGAAAAGGCUUUUUCUUUACAUGAUCUGUUCAUAAUUCGGGGGGAGGGUGCGGCUACACGUAGGCUAUUUUAUGAUCGUAUAGCUUGUGUCUUCUUAGCCUCGUAGCAGGCGUCGACAUAAAAUGGGGUAGGGGAACUGGAGGAAGGAAAAAAGGGAUGGGGAGAGGGGAGAGGGACCACCUCCCUUUUCCCUUUCACGCUUUUCUCCCUCUCUCCCUCCCCUUUUCCCUUCGGCUUCCGCUUGCCACGCAGGCUAGUAUCUUCUGUAAGAUUUUCUCAACGCAAAAUCGUAGGGCCAAGGUGUGAGUGACUGGCUGAUACUCCUGAUUGAGUUCGGUUCGAUUACUGUCGGAUACUUCUUUCGUCUGCGAUUUGAAGACAGGAACAGUCCUGAAGAAACCAAUUUUAAUAUAUUACGUCUAUACAAAUUCAAACGUGGCUGCGAUGCCUGAGGACAGAAGGAAUGUAUUAUUCAGAAGUGAUUAAUUUUGUUUUUAAAUUCCCUGCUCUGCGGCGCUAUGAGUUCGAACAAGCUCAGUCUUUCCCUCUAUUUUAGAGUUCCGGCCAAGACCUCAGACCGUACCAGUGUUGAACAGACGGAAGGGACACACCAUGACGGUGGGAUAUAUGAAACGUUUUUAUCAUACAUUUUUAAACUGACCUAAACUGCCAGAUAACACACUAACACAGGUAACGUGCAACGGAAAGUUAACGAUAAAGACUGUUCGUUGCUGCAGAACUUAUCUAGGUUCUAAGCUCUUUCUUGAACCUUUGGAAAUACUGAAGAACAUUGAUUCACCCUUGCAAGUAACUCCUCUUUCCGUUUCGAUAAAACCCAGUUUUGUACUCUGACAGUCGUUCGUUAGUAUCUCAGGCAUGAGUUGGAAAAAACUUUUAUAUUUUAGCAAAUUUGGCUGAAAUCAUUAAUUAGUCCAUCUUUAAGAAGUUGACUUGAACCUGGAAGUUACCUGAAAAGACAUAAUUAUUACCAGAGUUGUAGUUUAUCGUUUGUCUUUUUUUAUAAUAUACUAAACACGCAGGAAGAUCAGAAAGAAGAUGAUGACUCAAGCGCGUUUGAAGAACUUGGUCGACUGGGAGAAGAAAUAGACUUAUUACCAGAUAAAACCAAUGCACAGCCUGAAAAGCGUCCAGAGGAAAAGCGCAUUCAAUAUACUACCCGAGGAAAAAGGCAGACCUACUGCGAAGCUGAGGUGCCGAAUGAUGAUCACUAUAUCUGUAAGUUGGACCACUUAGAAACAUUUCGCCUUGUAUUGGGAAAAAAGCGAGCGAGGGCUAAUAAAAUGGAAAGCAAGCCCUUUACUUUGGUUUUCUUUAAGUCUGAGUUAAUUAUCGGAACACAGACUGCUCAGGAUAAUGCCCUCAAGAACAUUUUAUACCUGAAAAUCAUAUCAUCUAUCAUUUUAUCAGAGGACUGUGCAGUUAGCCUCGUCGCGAAACGUCGCCAGCGGCUAGGAGGGAGGUUAAACGGCUGUUUUCGCAGGCUACCAUAGCAUCAGAGUGCAUCGACCUUAUAGGUAAACAAUGCAAAAUGCGCCGUGGAAUGCGAUAAUGAGGUGAUUUUUUGUAUUCAAUUUAAUACACUUCCCAGAUUGCGAAGAGUGCCACGAUCUCCAUUACGGAGAGUGUCCAGUCCAUGGUCCUUUACAAAUCAUUGAAGACAAGACAGUGGGGGAAAGCAUAAGAGAGUCCGCUGCGAUGGCUUCCACGCCACCUAUUCUUAGAAUAACUGAUUCGUCAAUUCCAGGAGCAGGAUUGGGCGUGUUUAGAAUCACAGAGAUCCCAAAAGGUGUGCGAUUUGGUCCUUAUAAAGGAACAAAGAUAGGCUGGGAACACGUAACAGAGGAUGCAAAUACCAGUUAUUGUUGGGAGGUAAGCCGUAUCCAUCAGUAAGCCAUGAGUUGAGGGUGCAUGACCUAUCUCUCAAAUCUGUCAGUGAGCUUGCGUUGACUUGGUGGCCAUGGCGAGGAGAUCCAAGCAUAGCAUUGUUUGUGAUAAAAAUUUCUUGUUUAGCUGGUAGUGGAAAACGUCUGCAUUGAUCAUGGUUGUUAGGACAUUAAGUCAGGGAGCAAGUUCCUUAAGGUCAGGGAAAAGUCAGGGAGUUUCAUUUCAUUGUCCAACAUUCAAAUUCUUUGUUGCAGUUCCCGGACAGAAAAAAUUUAAUGUUGGAUUGGUAUGAGGAUAUUGUUUUAUGAAAUUAAACGAUAAGCUGAUGUAAAAAGCCGGUCUAUAAAAAAAAAAAAUAGGGAGAGUAGAGACAGGAUGGCUGUAAAGGGAGGUUGGAGGCUAGACGUAGAGAUAGAUGAAACGAAAGUAGUGUCUUUCUUUCUUUGGUUUUAGAUUUUAAAAGAUGGAAAAUUCAGUCAUUUCGUAGAUGGCCAAAAUGAGGCUUGCAGUAACUGGAUGAGGUUUGUGAAUUGCUCGCGAUGUGAGGACGAACAGAACUUGGUUGCUUUUCAGUUCAGAGGAAACAUUUAUUAUCGCACGUACAAGCCUAUACCCCCAGGAAAUGAAUUACUGGUCUGGUACGGAGAAAGUUACGCUAAGGAACUGGAGAUCUUGUUGGAUGAUAAGCUGGUUCGUGAUCGAAACUCGGCAAACGGUAGGGAAUUUAGCUACUCACUUAUUUACUUGGCAUCAAUAAGAUUUAAAUGGAUUGCAGCUCGGGUAUUUGAAAAAAGUGCUGGUUCGGCCUAAUAGUUUUUCAAAGUUUGUAACGUUUGAUAUAAUGUUUGGGAGACAUAUUUGUUCCUCUUGAAGCUGUAAAUUUAGUUUUUACAAAAAGCAACUAAUUCUUCGCCAGCGUAAGUUCCAUGUAUAGUACAAAAAGGAAACAUAAUUAGCAAUUAAAUGAAUUGAUACAGCCGCGACACAGCCCGUUUGAUGACGGUCAAAAAUUACGGUGUCUAACGCCUCACUAGACGGCUUCUUUCUAACAACAGUAACAACACCCAUUUAGCCGAUUACCUGUCAUCCUCAAGGUGGCCUCACGCCUUUGUAAAAGAAAGGAGGCGACUUUACUUGUUUGUAAGUGGUAAUUAAAUGAUACAAAAAAGGCUUUACUCUAGGGAUUUUGCCAAAGUCGAGUCAGAAAUUAGCUGCACAGGAUUUUGAUGAAAUCAUUGAUGAAGUAAAAAUGCUCAGCCGUGUCAAUUUUCAAACUGAUGUGACAUAACGUUAAGUGUUGUCGCCCAGUUUCUUUAAUUAUCAAAACGAUUAUUUUUUCCACAGUAUAUAGAUGCAACCAGCGGUGUUUUUAACCUUCUUUCGUGCACUUGUGACUUUUUUCGAAGUCACCAUAACUAAACAUUUUACCGGUUUUUUUUUUCAGGUGGCGCAUUCACUUGCGAAGGUUGUGGAAGAAUUUUUACUUCAUUAAACUUUAUGCAGAGACAUAUGAAACAUUACUGCUUGACUCGCACAACAAACAGAACAUGGGACUGCAAAAAAUGUAACAAGAGAUUUGCAUCGAUGCACUAUCUCAAGAUUCACGAGUGUAUAGAUUCAAAGGAACAACCGCAUCAAAACAUCAAGAAGAAUAAAAAAUUAGUAAUCAUAACAGACUCUCCAAUACUAACACAGGGAAAAAACCGUAUCAGUGUAUACAUUGUAACAAGAUGUUUAACAUGUUGCACCAUCUGACCACGCACCUCCGUACUCGCACGGAUCAGUAUACACAAUGUAACAAGGCGUUUGCCAACUCUAGUGAUCUGACCACGCACCUCCGUACUCUCACAGGUGAAAAGCCAUAUCAGUGUACACAAUGUAACAAGGCGUUUAACCAACUGAGUAGUCUGACCACGCACCUCCGUACUCACACUGGUGAAAAGCCAUAUCAGUGUAUACAAUGUAACAAGGCGUUUAACCAGCUGGGGAAUCUAAACACGCACCUCCGUACUCACACAGGUGAAAAGCCAUAUCAGUGUACACAAUGUAACAAGGUGUUUAACCACCAGUCGAGUCUGACGACGCACCUGCGUACUCACACAGGUGAAAAGCCAUUCCAGUGUACACAAUGUAACAAGGCGUUUAACCAACUGAGUAGUCUGACCAAGCACCUCCGUACUCACACAGGUGAAAAGCCAUAUCAGUGUACACAAUGUAACAAGGUGUUUAACCACCAGUCGAGUCUGACCAAGCACCUCCGUACUCACACAGGUGAAAAGCCAUAUCAGUGUACACAAUGUAACAAGGCGUUUAACCAACUGAGUAGUCUGACCACGCACCUCCGUACUCACACAGGUGAAAAGCCAUAUCGGUGUACACAAUGUAACAAGGCGUUUAACCAGCUGGGGAAUCUAAACACGCACCUGCGUACUCACACAGGUGAAAAGCCAUAUCAGUGUACACAAUGUAACAAGGCGUUUAACCAACUGAGUAGUCUGACCACGCACCUCCGUACUCAUACAGGUGAAAAGCCAUAUCAGUGUACACAAUGUAACAAGGCGUUUAACCAACUGAGUAGUCUGACCACGCACCUCCGUACUCACACAGGUGAAAAGCCAUAUCAGUGUACACAAUGUAACAAGGCGUUUAACCAGCUGGGGAAUCUAAACACGCACCUCCGUACUCACACCGGUGAAAAGCCAUAA